UCCCGAAAAAAGCCGAAAAAGUGUUUAAUUCCCGGAAAUGUCGAAUCAAUUGUUUGAAUUCAGUUGAGUUCCGACUCUUCAGUGACCUCUUUAUCGUAUUUUCCAUUUCCCGACGACUUUGAUCCCGAAGACAUGACUUCCCGAUAGAUGUGUCCAUAAAUGACGUUUCGAUGAGUAGUUUUGCGCAUUUGAUAGUUUUGCGCGUGAGUUGCGUCGUCUGAGUCGUCGUCUAUUGAGUGACGUCUGAGACGACGAAAACCGCAGAGAAAUAGAGAGAAAUUGAGUGAAAAAUGUCGGACAAAAUGUCGAAUCAAACGAAUCAGACUUUAAUCGCUUCUUCAGCCGCCGUCGGAGGACCCAAAGUCUCCACCACUGAUCGCAUCGUAAAGAGCGUUCCGUUCCCGCCGUCGCAUAAGCUGUCAAUGGCCGAAGUUUUCGACGCAAAGACUGGAAAACCGAAGACCGAAGUCUUGAAACAGCAUUUUAUUCUCGAAGGAAGAAUCGAUGAAAACGUGGCUCUUCGCGUCAUCAACGAAGGCGCCACUCUGUUGCGGUCGGAAAAGACAAUGAUCGACAUCGAGGCUCCCGUCACCGUCUGCGGCGACAUCCACGGCCAGUUCUACGAUCUGAUGAAACUGUUUGAGGUCGGGGGCCCGCCCUCCUCCACGAAGUACCUGUUUUUGGGGGAUUACGUGGACCGUGGUUAUUUCAGUAUUGAAUGCGUUCUUUACUUAUGGUCUUUGAAACUCUGUUUUCCGACGACUUUAUUCCUCUUGAGAGGAAACCACGAAUGCCGCCAUCUCACCGAAUACUUCACUUUCAAAACUGAAUGCAAAAUCAAAUAUUCGGAACGCGUUUACGACGCUUGUAUGGAAGCAUUCGAUUGUCUGCCUUUGGCCGCACUCAUGAACGGACAGUUCCUUUGUGUCCACGGAGGUCUGUCGCCCGAAGUGCACACUUUGGAGGACAUAAAGAAACUUGAUCGUUUCAAAGAACCGCCGGCUUUCGGCCCGAUGUGUGAUCUUCUGUGGUCGGAUCCGUUGGAAGACUUCGGCAACGAGAAGUCGAAUGUCGAGCAUUUCACGCACAAUUCGGUGCGUGGGUGUUCCUAUUUCUACAGUUACGGCGCGUGCUGUGAAUUCCUUCAACAAAACAAUUUGCUUUCAAUAAUUCGCGCGCACGAAGCGCAGGACGCGGGCUACCGGAUGUACCGGAAGUCGGUGGUGACGGGAUUCCCGUCGUUGAUCACGAUAUUCUCGGCUCCCAACUACCUCGACGUCUACAACAAUAAGGCGGCCGUUUUGAAGUACGAAAACAAUGUAAUGAAUAUUCGACAAUUCAAUUGUUCGCCGCAUCCCUAUUGGUUGCCCAACUUUAUGGACGUCUUCACCUGGUCUCUGCCUUUCGUCGGCGAAAAAGUCACCGAAAUGUUAGUCAAUUUGCUGAAUAUCUGUUCGGACGACGAACUCAUUCAAGAAGGCGAAGAAGAAAGCUUCGAAAGCGAACUCGAAGCCUCCGCGCGCAAAGAAGUCAUUCGCAAUAAGAUCCGCGCAAUCGGCAAAAUGGCACGUGUCUUCUCGGUUCUUCGCGAAGAAUCGGAAUCAGUUCUUCAGCUCAAAGGUCUCACUCCAACCGGAACUCUUCCGUUGGGCGCUCUUUCGGGCGGAAAACACACUCUGAGGAACGCUUUGGCAGGAUUCUCUCCGCACCACAAAAUCGCCAGUUUCGAAGAGGCGAAGGGUUUGGACAAAAUGAACGAACGAAUGCCUCCGCGAAAGGACGCGCCUCCCCCGCCGCCUCCAACAACCGAAAAGUCGCCGAUCGAUAGCUAAUCAACAAAACAUCCGAAAAAUCCCUUUUAUUUCACUCUUUUUUUUCAUUCAAACAUUGAUUUUGUCAUUAAAACUGCAUUUAAAGCCAAAAUCAUUCGACAUUUGAUCCAAAUUUCAAUCGAUUUGUCUUUAAUUUCAACUAAAAAUUGCUUUAAUUUCUGAUCAAAUGUUUUAAUGUUUUAUCAAUUUUUCGAUUUUACGCCAAAUUUUAAUCAAAAAUAACCAAAAAUAUUAAUACUUUUGAAGACAAUCUCAAAUAACGGACUGUUUUUUGUGCAUUUUAUUCAGUGUUUUGUGAAAAUUAUUGUUUUUUUUAGUGAAAACUCGACUUUUAUUUCAGAUUUUUUGACGAAAUUAAUGAAAACCUUAAAAGCCUUUUGUCUUUAAUUAAAUGCAGAAAAAUAUGGAAAAUAUUUAAAUUCAUAUAAAUAUUGAAUAUUUUAUGUAAAAAACACUUCAUUUCCUCUAAAAAACAACUUUUUGAAGCGAUUUUCGUAUUUAUCGCUGAAUUGUGUUUCAAAUCAAUAAUUUUCGGCACAAAUGACUUAAAUGUCGUCAAAAAACAAAAUCCGGUUUUUCGUGCACUUUAUAUGACUUUUAAUCACUUGUAAAACCAUUUAAAAAACGACUUCUUUUUCAAUAUUUUUAUAAUUAUUAUUGAAUUACAUCUGAAUUGAAAUUAAAAAUUCAGAAAUAAUUGAAAAGAAGACAAACUUUUUUGGCCAACAAUUGAAAAACAAUUCAUUGAAUUUGUGAACAAAUUAUAGCCAAAUGUUCACCAAAAACAGCAAAUAAUUCAAGAUUUCAUAUCAAAAAAGCAAUUAUUGUCACAAAAAUGGAUUGAAAUCAAUGGAUUUGAAGCCAAACCCAAUGGAAAGUGCAAUAAUUGAAUGAAUUAUUAAAUAUUAUUAAACAAUAACCUCAUAAUUAAUAUAUUGUUAAUCGAAUUUCUUAUCAUUAAAACCAAGAUUUUAUUAUAAAUGGAUUGAAAACUCUAUU